AUGUUUGCAAAUUUUGGCAGAAUCGGACUCACUAGUCUACGAAUAACAGCCACUGGAAAGGAGAUUUUGGCUACCUCGACUCUCUUACGUUGUCGUGUAUCACCAAUAUGCUUUCUGCGAUUUAAUUCCAACAAGAUACCUCCAUCCCAACCAUCCAAGGAUAACUUACCACAUGAUCCACCAAAAAAAGAUUCAAAAGAUUUUAAAGAUUUCCAAAAUCUCCAAAAUCACCAAAAUCUCCAAAAUCACCAAAAUCUCCAAGAUAUCCAUGAGAAUAUUGGUCGGGACCAGAACCAAAAUUUGCCUUCAGAUCCUGCGGCUCCAAAAAGCUCACUUCCUUCAAGAAGCGAGUGGGAGAAUUUGAAACUUCACAUUCCGGGAGAGACUAAACAGACCAACACUUUGAAGGAUCGUGUGCCCAAAUUUCCCUUGGGUAAAGAAAACGUGCCUACUUUGCUUCCUCGGCCAGGUGUACCACAAGUUGGUAAGAAGUACACAUUCAAGCAAGUGAUUAAGAUUCUUCAAAACAAGAAGCAACCUGAAUUGAUAUAUGAGAGUGAGCCACACCGGUUGUAUUUUUUGCUUUGUUUUUGUGCUGCCGUGGUUUUCUCUGUUUAUGCAUGUGUUCUUGCAGAAUGGGCAUUUUGGAUCUCCAAUAAGGAGUAUGAGGAGAAUGAAAAGGAGGAGACUAAUGAGGUUGUGCGAACAAGGGAGUAUUAUUGGUGGUUGGCGAUUUAUCUUUGUCCGUCAAUAAUUAUGUUUGCUGCUGCGUAUGGUGCGAUAAUUUUCCCCACAAAGUUGGUGAGACGUAUGUGGUAUUUACCUGGUCCUCCUACCAAGGAGUUUGUCAAGUUUACCACUUACCCAUUGAUUCCUGGCCGUCCGACCCCAGUUUAUACUAUUCCACUUGCCAACUUAUCACGUCGUGAGACUACUAGAAUCUGGACUGGCAAAGGGUUUUAUGGUACAGCCGAUAAAGGGUUUUUCUUUUUUGUUUUGCGGGAGAAGAUUGCUGGUAGUCAAUUUAAGAUUAGGAGUUGGAUUGUUGACAGAAAGGGCUUUUUCUGGUCUGAUGGUAGAGUGUUUGAUUAUUUGUUUGGUAAAGAGACUCUUGCAGAGGCAGAGGCUGGUGUGCCAUAUGACGAGCAGUUUGGUAUUAUCAACAGGGAGAGGAAGAAGCAGAAUGAAAAGAUGAAGAAGUUGCAUGGACCAUUGUGGAGAUACAAGAUGGCUAUUGGAGAGUUCAAAUCUGACGUGGGUAAGGUUGGAGGAAUGAUUAGUGGAAAGAAUUUCAAUGAUAACAAGAACAAUAGCAAUAGUAUCGGUGACGGUGGUGGUGAUGGUGAUUCAAGUAAGAAAAGAGGGUUGCCUAAGGAAUAG